AUGAACUUCCUCGGUCUCCCCAAUGGCAUCGACUUCCCAUUAACCCGGCGCAUCCUGCACAUGGUAUCUGCACACCCAUACUGGGACCUUCUGCGCCUCCUCUGGCCCUUCCCUUGGCACCUACAGCACUCCCUCCCCCUGCCCCGCCCGCAGGCCUUCGCCGACGAUCAGAACCUCUUCUAUUCCCGCAACCCGCUAAUCCCGCAGAUCCGGCUCGUACCGCUGUUCCGUGCACGCGACUGCCCCCUCGCUUCAUUCUACCGCAUCUACGAAGCGAUGUGUGCGGGUCACGGGCCUGCAGUCGGGUCUGAGACGGAGUAUUUCUGGCGCAGGCCUGAGGAUGAGUGGACAUUGGAGAGUAUGCCGGAUCCAAAGGAUGCGGAUCCGGUGAGGUAUGCGAUGCUGGCGUCGCUGAUGGAAGCAAUGGUGGAUGCGUUUAAUUGGAGACUGGAAUUGGGAUUGAGGAGAGGGGGCAAGCGGUGGGUAGAGAGGGAGGAUGAUGGGACGCCGGCGCCAUUCGUGCCAGAGGUUAUGCCAGCGUGGGCCGAGAGAGUGCCAGCGCUGGAGGACGAGCUUGUUAUUAUUGAGGGAGGGAGGGGUCCGCGAUUCGUGGCGAGGAAUAUCAUUUGCCAUGAGGGAGAUCUACGGACAGUCUGA